AUGGCGCAAUCCUACGCGACCCCCCGCUCGUCGCACACGGCCUAUUCCCUCCCGUCGCACACUACCUCACCCAUCUCCGCCUCACCCAUCUCCGCCUCAACCAUCUCCGCCUCACCCAUCUCCGCCUCACCCAUCUCCGCCUCACCCAUCUCCGCUCACCCAUCUCCGCCUCACCCAUCUCCGCCUCACCCAUCUCCGCCUCACCCAUCUCCGCCUCACCCAUCUCCGCCUCACCCAUCUCCGCCUCACCCAUCUCCCGCCUCACCCAUCUCCGCCUCACCCAUCUCCGCUUCACCAUCUCCGCCUCAACCCAUCUCCGCCUCACCCAUCUCCGCCUCACCCAUCUCCGCCUCACCCAUCUCCGCCUCACCCAUCUCCGCCUCACCCAUCUCCGCCUCACCCAUCUCCGCCUCACCCAUCUCCGCCUCACCCAUCUCCGCCUCACCCAUCUCCGCCUCACCCAUCUCCGCCUCACCCAUCUCCGCCUCACCCAUCUCCGCCUCACCCAUCUCCGCCCUUCACCCAUCUCCGCCUCCCCAUCCCGCCUCUACCAUCUCCGCUUCGCCCCAGCUCCGUCCGCACGCACUUUCUCUCGUCGCGCGCGACAACUCUCCUUCCGCCGCCCACGCUCUCUUCCUCCUGCCGAAUUCCGCCUCACCCCAUUCCGCCCCCACCCCAUUCACCCCCACCCCGUUUCCGCCCCACCCCGUUCCGCCCCACCCCGUUCCGCCCCACCCCCGUUCCGCCCCACCCCGUUUCCGCCCCCACCCCAUUUUACCUCCCCACCCCAUUCUCCGCACGUCCGCCCUUUUCGUAUUCUCACCCCAACUCCUCUUCCUCCCCAUCCAGCGCAUGCAGCAGGCGUGGGGCAUUGCUACCUGCCGCAAACACCGCUGUCACGGGCUCAGCGUCGAGCUGAGUCGGAGGCGCCGCGACGUCUCCUCCUCACCCCAUCUCCUCCUCACCCCAUCUCCCUCCUCACCCAUCUCCUCCUCACCCCAUCUCCUCCUCACCCCAUCUCCUCCUCACCCCAUCUACUCCUCACCCCAUCUCCUCCUCACCCCAUUUCCUCCUCACCCCAUCUCCUCCUCACCCCGUCUCCUCCUCACCCCAUUUCCUCCUCACCCCAUUUCCUCCUCACACCAUUUCCUCCUCACCUCAUCUCCCCAUCCUCAUCUCCCCAUCCCUCAUCUCCCCAUCCCUCAUCUCCCCUUCCCUCAUCUCCCCUUCCCUCAUCUCCCAUUCCCUCAUCUCCCCCAUCCUUCAUCUCCACAUCCCUCAUCUCCCCAUUCCGCCCCACCCCAUUCCGCCCCACCCCUUUUCGCCAUGCCAUCUAACUUCCCAUCCCCAUUUCGUCGUUUCCCCCAUCCCUCCUUCCCUCUCCCAUCAUUCCCUCUGCCGACUUUCACCAUUCCACCAUACGGUCAUACCCCAUCCCGCGACCUCCCCGUCACCUCCACCCCGUCCCCUCUCCUCCCUGCUUCUUCCCCUCUCCUCCCUGCUUCUUCCCCUCUCCUCCCUGCUUCUUCCCCUCUCCUCCGCGAUCCAUCCCUCUCAAUACCCAUCCGCUCCUCUUCCCAUCCAUCCUUUCCCCAUUGA